AGGAGGACGAGCGGCGGCGGCGGCGGCGUUGGCAGCCGUGGCGGCCCCGGGGCGGGGCUCGGGCGAGCGCGGCCGGGGCUGCAGGCGGCGGAGCGGCGGGUUUUGAAUAUACGUACUAACACUGACUCCGCACUUAGAAAGCCCUGCCUUCUCUCACUGGCUUCCCUUGGCCUUCAGACAUAAUGAGGAGACUGGCUUUUCGAGGCGCUGGUUGUGCUCUGGUAAAGCUGAAGAAAUUGGAUUCCAUGGGUUCCAAGAGAAGAAGAGCCACCUCCCCUUCCAGCAGUGUCAGCGGGGACUUCGACGAUGGGCACCAUUCUGUGUCCACACCAGGCCCAAGCAGGAAAAGGCGGCGACUCGCCAACCUUCCAACUGUGGAUCCCAUUGCUGUGUGUCAUGAACUCUACAACACUAUUCGAGACUAUAAGGACGACCAGGGCAGGCUCCUCUGUGAGCUCUUCAUUAGGGCACCAAAGCGAAGAAAUCAACCAGAUUAUUAUGAAGUAGUUUCUCAGCCAAUUGACUUGAUGAAAAUCCAACAGAAAUUAAAAAUGGAAGAAUACGAUGAUGUUAACUUGCUCACUGCUGACUUCCAGCUGCUUUUUAACAAUGCAAAGGCUUAUUAUAAGCCAGAUUCUCCUGAAUAUAAAGCUGCUUGCAAACUCUGGGAUUUGUACCUUCGAACCAGAAAUGAGUUUGUUCAGAAAGGAGAAGCAGAUGAUGAAGACGAAGAUGAAGACGGGCAAGACAAUCAAGGCACAGAAGGAUCCUCUCCAAGUUACUUGAAGGAGAUCCUGGAGCAGCUGCUUGAAGCCAUAGUUGUAGCCACAAAUCCAUCAGGGCAUCUGAUUAGUGAACUUUUUCAGAAACUGCCUUCGAAAGUGCAAUAUCCAGACUAUUAUGCAAUAAUUAAGGAGCCUAUAGAUCUUAAGACCAUUGCACAGAGAAUACAGAAUGGAAGUUACAAGAGUAUUCAUGCAAUGGCCAAAGACAUAGAUCUCCUAGCAAAAAAUGCCAAAACUUAUAACGAGCCUGGUUCUCAAGUAUUCAAGGAUGCAAAUUCAAUUAAAAAAAUAUUUUAUAUGAAAAAGGCAGAAAUCGAACACCAUGAAAUGACUAAGUCCAGCCUUCGAAUAAGGACUUCGUCAAACUUGGCUGCAUCUAGGCUGACAGGUGCUUCUCAGAGUAAAAGUGGCCUGAGUGAUGAGAGAAAUCCUGCUAGCAAAUAUUACCGUAAUAAGAGAGCAGUACAAGGAGGUCGUUUGUCAGCAAUUACUAUGGCACUUCAGUACGGCUCAGAAAGUGAAGAGGAUGCAACUUUAGCAGCUGCACGUUAUGAGGAGGGAGAGUCAGAAGCAGAGAGCAUUACUUCAUUUAUGGAUGUUUCAAAUCCUUUUUACCAGCUUUAUGACACAGUUAGGAGCUGUCGGAACAACCAAGGACAGUUAAUCGCUGAGCCUUUUUUCCACUUACCUUCCAAGAAAAAAUACCCCGACUAUUAUCAGCAAAUUAAAGUGCCCAUAUCACUGCAGCAAAUCAGAACAAAGCUAAAAAACCAAGAAUAUGAAACUUUAGAUCAUUUGGAGUGUGACCUGAAUUUAAUGUUUGAAAAUGCCAAACGCUAUAAUGUUCCAAAUUCAGCCAUCUACAAACGAGUACUAAAAUUGCAGCAAGUCAUGCAGGCAAAGAAGAAGGAGCUUGCCAGAAGAGAUGACAUCGAGGAUGGAGACAGCAUGAUUUCUUCAGCCACCUCUGAUACUGGUAGUGCCAAAAGAAAAAGUAAAAAGAACAUCAGAAAGCAGCGAAUGAAAAUUUUAUUCAAUGUUGUUCUUGAAGCUCGAGAGCCAGGCUCGGGCAGAAGACUUUGUGAUCUCUUUAUGGUCAAGCCAUCCAAAAAGGACUAUCCUGAUUAUUACAAAAUCAUCUUGGAGCCAAUGGACCUGAAGAUAAUUGAGCAUAACAUUCGAAACGACAAGUACGCAGGGGAAGAGGGCAUGAUAGAAGACAUGAAGCUGAUGUUUCGAAAUGCGAGGCACUACAAUGAAGAGGGCUCACAGGUAUACAAUGAUGCACACAUCUUGGAGAAGUUGCUCAAGGAUAAGAGGAAAGAACUGGGCCCACUGCCUGAUGAUGAUGACAUGGCUUCUCCCAAGCUCAAGCUGAGUAGGAAGAGUGGCAUUUCUCCUAAAAAAUCAAAAUACAUGACUCCAAUGCAGCAAAAACUAAAUGAAGUCUACGAAGCUGUAAAGAACUAUACGGAUAAAAGGGGCCGCCGCCUCAGUGCUAUAUUUCUGCGACUUCCAUCCAGAUCCGAGUUGCCAGACUACUAUUUGACUAUUAAAAAGCCCAUGGACAUGGAAAAAAUUCGGAGUCAUAUGAUGGCCAACAAGUACCAAGAUAUCGACUCUAUGGUUGAGGACUUCGUCAUGAUGUUCAACAAUGCCUGCACAUACAAUGAACCCGAGUCUUUGAUCUACAAAGAUGCCCUCGUCCUGCACAAAGUCCUCCUGGAAACUCGGAGAGACCUCGAGGGAGACGAGGACUCUCAUGUCCCCAAUGUGACCUUGCUGAUUCAAGAGCUUAUCCACAACCUCUUUGUGUCGGUCAUGAGUCAUCAGGAUGAUGAGGGCAGGUGCUACAGCGAUUCUUUAGCAGAAAUUCCUGCUGUGGACCCCAACUUCCCAAAUAAACCUCCUCUCACUUUUGACAUAAUUCGGAAGAACGUGGAAAAUAAUCGCUACCGACGGCUUGACUUAUUUCAAGAGCAUAUGUUUGAAGUAUUGGAAAGAGCGAGGAGGAUGAAUCGGACAGAUUCUGAAAUAUAUGAAGAUGCAGUAGAGCUUCAGCAGUUUUUUAUUAAAAUCCGUGAUGAACUCUGCAAAAAUGGAGAGAUCCUUCUUUCACCAGCCCUCAGCUAUACCACGAAGCACUUACACAAUGAUGUAGAAAAAGAGAAAAAGGAAAAAUUACCGAAAGAAAUCGAGGAGGAUAAACUAAAACGAGAAGAAGAAAAAAGAGAAGCUGAAAAGAGUGAAGAGUCCUCUGGUGCCUCAGGCCUCUCCGGCCUUCAUCGGACAUAUAGCCAGGACUGCAGUUUCAAGAACAGUAUGUACCAUGUUGGUGAUUAUGUCUAUGUGGAGCCCGCAGAAACCAAUCUACAACCACAUAUUGUCUGUAUAGAGAGACUUUGGGAAGAUUCAGCUGGUGAAAAAUGGUUGUAUGGCUGUUGGUUUUAUCGGCCAAAUGAAACAUUCCAUCUGGCUACACGAAAAUUUCUAGAAAAGGAAGUUUUUAAGAGUGACUAUUACAAUAAAGUUCCUGUUAGUAAAAUUCUAGGCAAAUGUGUAGUUAUGUUUGUCAAGGAAUACUUUAAAUUAUGCCCGGAAAAUUUUCGUGAUGAGGAUGUUUUUGUCUGUGAGUCCCGAUACUCUGCCAAAACCAAAUCUUUCAAAAAAAUUAAACUGUGGACCAUGCCGAUCAGUUCAGUUCGGUUUGUCCCUCGGGAUGUCCCUCUGCCUGUGGUUCGAGUGGCCUCUGUAUUUGCGAAUGCAGAUAAAGUCGAAGAUGACAAAAACACAGACAACUCAGAAGAGAAUCGCAAUGAAGACAGUUAUAACUUAGAAAAGGAGAAAGAAGAUGUCCCUGUGGAAAUGUCCAACGGUGAACCAGGUUGCCACUAUUUUGAGCAGCUUCGUUACAAUGACAUGUGGCUAAAGGUUGGAGACUGUGUCUUCAUUAAGUCCCACGGCCUGGUGCGCCCCCGUGUAGGCAGAAUCGAGAAGGUAUGGGUCCGAGAUGGAGCUGCAUAUUUUUAUGGCCCCAUCUUCAUUCAUCCAGAAGAAACAGAACAUGAACCCACAAAAAUGUUCUACAAAAAAGAAGUAUUUUUGAGUAACUUGGAAGAAACCUGCCCUAUGACGUGUAUUCUGGGAAAAUGUGCUGUAUUGUCUUUCAAGGACUUCCUUUCCUGCAGGCCAACUGAAAUACCAGAAAAUGACAUUCUGCUUUGCGAGAGCCGCUACAAUGAGAGUGAUAAACAGAUGAAAAAAUUCAAGGGACUUAAAAGAUUUUCACUGUCUGCUAAAGUAGUAGAUGAUGAAAUUUAUUAUUUCAGAAAACCAAUUGUUCCUCAGAAGGAGCCGUCACCUUUGCUGGAAAAGAAGAUUCAAUUGCUCGAAGCUAAAUUUGCCGAGUUAGAAGGUGGAGAUGAUGAUCUGGAAGAGAUGGGAGAGGAAGACAGCGAGGUCAUCGAGCCUCCUUCUCUACCCCAGCUUCAGACGCCCCUGUCCAGUGAGCUGGAUCUUAUGCCCUACACGCCCCCACAGUCCACCCCAAAGUCUGCAAAAGGCAGUGCAAAGAAAGAAAGCUCCAAGCGGAAAAUCAACAUGAGUGGCUAUAUCCUGUUCAGCAGCGAGAUGAGAGCUGUGAUUAAGGCCCAGCACCCGGACUACUCUUUUGGUGAGCUCAGCCGACUGGUGGGGACAGAAUGGAGAAAUCUUGAGACAGCCAAGAAAGCAGAAUAUGAAGAGCGGGCAGCUAAAGUUGCUGAGCAGCAGGAGAGAGAGCGAGCAGCACAGCAACAGCAGCCGAGUGCUUCUCCCCGAGCAGGCACCCCUGUGGGGGCUCUCAUGGGGGUGGUGCCACCACCAACACCAAUGGGGAUGCUCAAUCAGCAGUUGACACCUGUUGCAGGCAUGAUGGGUGGCUAUCCGCCAGGCCUUCCACCUUUGCAGGGCCCAGUUGAUGGCCUUGUUAGCAUGGGCAGCAUGCAGCCACUACACCCUGGGGGGCUUCCACCCCACCAUCUUCCACCAGGUGUGCCCGGCUUCUCGGGCAUCCCACCUCCGGGUGUGAUGAACCAAGGAGUGGCCCCAUUGGUAGGGACUCCAGCACCUGGUGGAAGUCCAUAUGGACAGCAGGUGGGAGUUUUGGGGCCUCCAGGGCAGCAGGCACCACCUCCAUAUCCUGGCCCACAUCCAGCCGGCCCCCCUGUCAUACAGCAGCCAUCAACACCCAUGUUUGUGGCUCCACCACCAAAGACCCAGCGGCUUCUCCACUCAGAGGCCUACCUGAAAUACAUUGAAGGACUCACUGCUGAGUCCAACAGCAUUAGCAAGUGGGACCAGACCCUCGCAGCUCGAAGACGUGAUAUUCACUUGUCAAAAGAACAGGAGAGCCGCCUCCCUUCCCACUGGCUCAAAAGCAAAGGGGCCCACACGACCAUGGCAGAUGCCCUCUGGCGCCUUCGGGAUUUGAUGCUCCGAGACACCCUCAACAUUCGCCAAGCAUACAACCUAGAGAACCUUUAAUUCUAUCGAUGACGUUUCUUUUCUAGAAGCAUAAAGAGUUUUGUGGAACAGUAGCCAUUUUAGUUACUUGGGUGGGGGGAAGAACAAAGGAUGAUACUUUUUAUUGCAUUUUACUGUACAUCACAAGGCCAUUUUUAUAUAAGGACACUUUUAAUAAGCUAUUUCAAUUUGUUUGUUUUUGUUCUAUUAAGUUGACUUUAUCUAAUACACAGAGAUUUUUUUGCAUAUGUUUCCUUCGUUUGAAACCAGUUUCCUAAUUGGUUAUGUGUGUAGGCUUGGAGUUUUCUCUUUUGACUUGUUGCCAUGGAACUAAAAUCCUCAAAGGUUUUGGUCUUGGCGUGGGGUUUUUGUUUUGGGGGGGAAUUUUUUUGCUUCUGUUUUCGUUUUUAUAAAGAACAAACAAAAUGAAAAAAAAAAAACACUCAAGAGUUUACAGAUGAGUCGAAAUUGACCUUGACGAUGAAAUGUGAAGUUGAUCCUAGUUUACAUCUUAGAGAGGGAAGUGUACUUGUGUCUGUUUCGUGUGCCUGAAUCUCUUAAGCCACUUUCGUACAAGCUGUUUGUUACAGACAAAGUGAAGGUUUACUUCACUUGAAAGGUUGAUCUUUAGGUUCUAGA